AUGAAAGUCGGCGGCGGGUUCCUGAGCGGCGGCGGCGGCGGCGGCGGCGGCGGCGGCGGUCCCGGCAGCAGCAGCGGCGGCGGCGGCGGCGGCGGCGGCGGCAGGAGGGCGGAGAUGGAGCCCACCUUCCCCCCGGGGAUGGUCAUGUUCAACCACCGGCUCCCCCCGGUCACCAGCUUCACCCGGCCGGCGGGGUCGGCCGCCCCCCCCCCGCAGUGCGUGUUAUCCUCCGCGACCUCCGCAGCCCCGGCCGCCGAGCCGCCCCCCCCGCCGCCGGCCCCGGACAUGACUUUCAAGAAGGAGCCGGCGGCGUCGGCGUCAGCGGCGGCCUUCCCCUCGCAGAGGACCUCCUGGGGCUUCCUGCAGUCCCUGGUCAGCAUCAAGCAGGAGAAGCCGGCGGACCCCGAGGAGCAGCCGCAGCCGCAGCCGCAGCCGCAGCCCCACCACCACCACCACCACCACCACCACCACCACCACCACCACUACGGGGGGCUGUUCGCCGGGGCCGAAGAGCGACCUGCAGGCCUAGGGGGCGGCGAUGGGGGCGGCAGCCACGGCGUCAUCCAGGACCUCAGCAUUCUGCACCAGCACGCGCAGCAGCAGCAGCAGCAGCAGCAGCAGCAGCAGCAGCCAGCCCAGCACCACCGCGACGUGCUGCUCAGCGGCACCGGCAGGACUGACGACCACCACGGCGGCGGCGGCGGCGGCGGCGGCGGCGAGGAGCCAAAGCAGGACACUACCGUCAAGAAGGCAAAGAGGCCAAAGCCAGAAUCUCAGGGAAUCAAAGCCAAGAGGAAGCCAAGCGCAUCUUCCAAACCUCCUCUGGUCGGAGACGGAGAAGGCGCCGUCCUCUCCCCAAGUCAGAAACCUCACAUCUGCGACCACUGCAGUGCUGCUUUCAGAAGCUCCUACCACCUGCGGAGGCACGUCCUCAUUCACACCGGAGAGAGACCCUUCCAGUGCAGCCAGUGCAGUAUGGGCUUCAUCCAGAAAUACCUGCUGCAGAGACACGAGAAGAUCCACAGCCGAGAGAAGCCGUUCGGGUGCGAUCAGUGCAGCAUGAAGUUCAUCCAGAAGUACCACAUGGAGAGGCACAAGAGGACGCAUAGUGGAGAAAAGCCAUACAAAUGUGACACUUGCCAACAGUAUUUUUCAAGGACUGACAGGCUGUUGAAGCACAGGCGCACGUGUGGCGAAGCCAUAGCUAAAGGAGCCGCUAGUGCGGAACCUGGGUCGUCGACCCAUAACAGUAUGGGCAACCUGGCUGUGUUGUCUCAGGGAAAUACAAGCUCCUCGAGGAGGAAAACGAAGUCAAAAAGCCUGGCUGUCGAAAGCAAGGAACAUAAGGCCGGUAAAACGAACGAAUCACAGAUUUCAAAUAACAUGAACAUGCAGAGUUACUCCGUAGAAAUGCCUACCGUGUCUUCCAGUGGAGGCAUAAUUGGCACCGGUAUUGAUGAACUGCAGAAAAGGGUGCCAAAGUUGAUCUUUAAGAAAGGAAGCAGAAAGAACACCGAUAAAAGCUACCUUAACUUUGUGUCGCCGUUGCCAGACAUGGUUGGACAGAAGUCCUUGUCUGGGAAACCCAGUGGCUCACUUGGCAUCGUAUCGAAUAAUAGCGUGGAGACCAUUAGUCUUCUCCAAAGUACCAGUGGCAAACAAGGUCAGAUAAGCAGUACUUACGAUGAUGCCAUGCAGUUUUCAAAGAAAAGAAGAUACUUACCAACUGCCAGCAGCAACAGUGCCUUUUCUAUAAACGUAGGACACAUGGUCUCCCAACAGUCCGUCAUUCAGUCUGCAGGUGUCAGUGUUUUGGACAAUGAGACCCCAUUGUCCCUCAUUGACUCCUCGGCUCUCAAUGCUGAAAUCAAGUCUUGUCAUGACAAGUCUGGAAUUCCCGACGAGGUUUUACAAAGCAUUUUGGAUCAGUACUCCAACAAAUCGGAAAGCCAGAAAGAGGAUCCUUUCAGUAUAACGGAACCGCGAGUGGAUUUACACACCUCAGGAGAACACUCGGAAUUGGUUCAGGAAGAAAAUUUGAGCCCAGGCACCCAAACACCUUCAAACGAUAAGGCGAGCAUGUUGCAAGAAUACUCCAAAUACCUCCAACAGGCUUUUGAAAAAUCCACUAAUGCAGGUUUUACUCUUGGACACGGUUUCCAGUUUGUCAGUUUGUCUUCACCUCUCCACAACCACACUUUAUUUCCAGAAAAACAGAUAUACACUACAUCUCCUUUGGAGUGUGGUUUCGGCCAAUCUGUUACCUCAGUGUUGCCAUCUUCAUUGCCAAAGCCUCCUUUUGGGAUGUUGUUUGGAUCUCAACCAGGUCUUUAUUUAUCUGCUUUGGAUGCUACACAUCAGCAGUUGACACCUUCCCAGGAGCUGGAUGAUCUGAUAGAUUCUCAGAAGAAUCUAGAGACUUCGUCAGCCUUCCAGUCCUCAUCUCAGAAAUUGACUAGCCAGAAGGAACAACAGAAAAAUUUAGAGUCCUCAACAAGCUUUCAGAUUCCAUCUCAGGAGUUAGCUAGCCAGAUAGAUCCUCAGAAGGACAUAGAGCCUAGAACAACGUACCAGAUUGAGAACUUUGCACAGGCGUUUGGUUCUCAGUUUAAGUCGGGCAGCAGGGUGCCAAUGACCUUCAUCACUAACUCUAAUGGAGAAGUGGACCAUAGAGUAAGGACUUCAGUGUCAGAUUUCUCAGGGUAUACAAACAUGAUGUCUGAUGUAAGUGAGCCAUGUAGUACAAGAGUAAAGACGCCCACCAGCCAAAGUUACAGGUAAGGUCCCAAAAAGUGACCAGGCUGGAGGUCUAAUGUAAUUUUGUUUUAUUUUGAGAACACUGCCAUUGGAAUGUUUCUACACGAUCCUAUUAAGAAUAAUGUAAUGCCCUUUCAAUGCAACUUUUCAUAUUUAGUUUAUUUUGUUAGCGUGAUUUUAGCUCUGUUUGUAUUAUGAUUUUUAAAUCAAAAUCAAUAGAUUAAAAAUAGUUUGACAUUCAAAGUGACAAUGUUUAGCAAUCAAAUUUACAUGUAUAGAUCGUCAGGGAAUAGCCCAAAAGUUUUAAAUGCAAAAAAAAAAAAAACAAAAAAAAAAAAACAAAAAAAACACAAAAACAAAAAAAGCCCCCCCCCCCAAAAUAAUAAAAUAAAAACCCUACCAAAAAAAAAAAAAAACAAAAAAAUAAAACAACAAAAAACACACACACAAAAAAAAACUUUGUUGCUAGGAUUAAGGUUAUUCUAAUUGCUUUACUCUCAGGAAAGUGUAAUAACGCAUGGGAAUUCUGUACGUUAUCACUGUAAUGGAAUAUCCAAUUUACAGAUAGUAUGAUAAUACAUUUCAUCAUUUAAGUAAGGGAUCGAAAACAUUUCAAAUUGCUCUAUCUGGGCAUCAUGAUACACAUUUCAUCAUUUUUAAGUAAGGGAUCGAAAACAUUUCAAAUUGCUGUCUCCAUCUAGGCUGAUCCAAAAUUCUGAGAUGUUGGCUACCUAUAUUUUGUUGCAGCUUUUAAAUGUACUCUGAACUUCCAAACCAUUCAUUCCAGCCUGGUAGAACAAAUAUUCUUGGAUCUUUGAUCAAAGCCUGGAAUGAUAGCUUUAAUAGAAGAAGAAAAAGAAGAAGAGAAGAAGAAGAAGAAGAAGAAGAAGAAGGAAAAAAAAAAAAUAGCACCCUCUCCUUAUCCCAACUGUUAACAAGGCUGUAGUUCCAUUAGAAGUUAUGAUAUCCAGCAGUGUUGACACCUGAGUGGUUGGUUGGUACCAGUAUUAGAACCCAAGUUGGAAUUACAUAAUUCUUUGAAAUUUGGGGUAUGCAUUAUUUAUUAUACAUGGCUUAACAUAUUGUUCUCUUGUCUGUGUUAUUACAUGUCACCCACACUUCUGUUUUUUUGUUCUUGUUCUUGACCUACCCUCUUUCUUAGAGUUCUGAGCCUGCCUUGUUCCCUCUUCUAUCUAGACAGUUUCAAUUUUAGAAUGAUUUACAUUCCAUUAGGUAAUUCAUUAGGCGUUUUAUAUGCCUUAUGGCAUUCAAAUACUAAACAGUAGGAUUAAAAAAAAAAAAACCCACAUACCUUUUUAAAAAGAUAAAACCCGUACAGACUUCCAUGUAUAAUAAAGCCCCACCUAUCCUGAGCUACGGAUACUAAGGUUGUUAAUUCCAACUAGUGACAUUGCUAACUCGAGAGGUAAGAGUGUCUGCAUUUACUAAUGACAUCAGAACCUCUUUGUGAAAUUGCAGCCUUUAAUGUACAUUUUAAAAGGGUGCAUUAGUCAGUAUUGUACAGGGGUCUUGUAAAGUCAUCAAAACUUGCUAUGAACGCUAAUUGCCAUUUGAGGCUACUGAUGAGACAGUAGCUCUGCUCUAAACCACUUUUUAGCAAUUGUAUUUUUUUUCCUGAUUAUAUUUUUUAAUGUACUUUGAUGUUUAUGCUGAUGAGUUUUUUAUGUACUUUUGGUGAUGUUUCAGUCUUAUGUACUCUUCUGACGUCAGAAAAGUACCACUGGUUGUUUGCAGUCUUAUUGUGUAAUCAGCCUACCACAGGCUUCCAUGUAUAAUAAAGUAAUUAAUAUUGUGCAAGUGUAAAACACUUCUGUUAUGAAAGCAGUGUUUGGAAAAUAAGAAAUUAUUAAAAAUGGUUACAAAAUAUUAGUUAAUUUCCUUUCCCCACUUUUCCUCCCUUGAGUCUGCUUACCAGCUAAAGGGUCACCUAUUUGUCAUUGCAAGAUUCUUAGAAAAUGUGUUUAAUCCUCUUAAAUUUACACUCAAUACUAAAAAAAAGUCUGUAUUUCUUAUUUUGGUAAGUGCGGUAAGUUCUAUUGGGUACAGAGUACAAGCUGUAAUCAAAGGAUGGAGAGGACCUUUACCACUGUAUCUCUUAAACUGUAUGAUUUUUCUCCAGUGUUUGUUUUAUACAGGUUUUGAAUUUCUUUAACUUUUAUUGUGUGUACUGAAUACUGCAUAUGUAUUAUUCUGAUUGUUUGCUCUAGUUUACUACCAAUAAAAGACCUGUUAAUCACAAAAUUGAAGGAAGGAGAUAUCACUUAAUAUCCAGUAACAUUUUUCAGGUUUUUAAAUUAACUACAUUUUCUAAAGUAUUCACGUCAGUGGUAUGACCUACAAUAUAGGGACUUGUAUUCUUAGUGUGUUUUUUUAGCUUAAGUGUUUCAUAUUUCUAGGUUUAUUUUAUUUGAAAAAUUGGUUACUUCCUUUGUGUUUGAGGUGUACUAUAAUGGAAGGGUAGAAAUGUAUUAAUAUUAUAUAAAUCAGAACAUGCUUUGUUGAAAUUAGGUUACCUAUCCUAAGUAUUAUACCAGAGAGACUGUCUAUUGAGGCCUCAUUUAAAAUCAGAAUCCAGUAUCUCUUGGUUCUAGAUGCAUCCAUUUUGGUUCGAAAACGUUGUAAUAAGAUAACAGUAUGACACAAAAAUGUCCUUGAGUGUUUUUAGUAGGAAAAGAAAGUAUCAGUCAUAGUUUAACCAUGUUUGAAAAGGCUACAGGUAUAGAUAGCAGAAGAAAAGAGGUAAGACAUUUAAAUAUUGGAGAUGAAAAGAUGUUUGAAAGUGCCUUUUAAAGAUGGAGAAAAAAUUUUGAGUGGCUAUGUAAGAUCAUGAGAAAAUUGUGCUUUGAAAUUCAGUGGCUGUAAAUGUUGAAUUAAGGAGUAAAAAAUACUAAAGGGUAGAAUAGGUCUUUGAAACCUUGGGGGCUUUUUUUUUUUUUUUUUUUGGCGUAUGAUGCUACUGUAGGGAAAUGAUAAAUUAUAUUAGGCAUAAACAUGGCUUUCUCUGUAAGAGAAAUAUCUACUCCUGGGCCCACAUGAUUAGGAAAAGUAAAUUGGUUCUUUCUUUGCCAAGGUCAUUUCCUAGAUUUGGUCAUUUUCUCGAUUAAGACUGCUAAGCAGAAUCUCACUGAUUCUGCAUUCAAAUUCACCUCUUGAUUUCUCUGCGCAGAUGACUUCUCUAUUCUAGGUUAACCCUUUUUUUUUUUCUUCUUCUUCUUCUUCUUUUUUUUUUUUUUACCCACCUACCCUCCCUCUCCUUUGUUUCGGUUUGCGGAAUGUUCAUACCUGAAUAUGAUCUUUUUAAAAUUUAAGGUUUUUACGUUUAAGGUGUUAGGAUAUGAAGUAGGAAACUGUUGUUUCGCUGUACAUUCAGGACGAGGACUACCAU